GUGUGAAUCACUGACUAAUGGCUUCUCUGUGUGUGAUAUUUGUUGACAAAUAGAUGUGAUUUGAAGUGAUUAUUGACACAAGAAGUUGACAAUGAAUUGGAGGAAUGGCAUGAAGUGGGCCAUAGCGUGCGCGUGGAUGUCAUGUCUUAUGGUGUGUCUCGUGGGCAGUGAGUCGUGCAAUGAGGCCGUGUGUGCGUCCAUUGUGUCCAAGUGUAUGCUCUUGGAGUCGUGCAAAUGCGAGGACUUCCGCGGCAACCGGACCUGUUCCAGAGACUGCUACCACUGCCUCGACUAUCUCUACCACGACUGCUGCUCAUGCGUUGAGAUGUGUCCGAAGGCGAACACAACGGACUCAUCGCUGGCCUCCAAGUCUCACGUGGAAGAGCUCACUGAAGCCCAACACGACUUGUUCUCUGUCCUCACCGAAGAGAGAGACCAUUUGCUUCGGUGGACCUCUUACUCGUUCCCAUUGAAGGUAGUGGUCAUGGAGUCGAUUGCCUCACAACCGCAUACGGAUGUCAUGAAAAACAACGGAUCCGAUGGCAUCGACAUCGAGAAGGACAUAGCCGUCAACUGUACGGUCGCUUAUAUGUCUCAAUGCAUGUCUUGGAACAAAUGCAAGUCUUCGUGCACUUCGAUGGGCGCCUCCUCUUACCGGUGGUUUCACGACGGCUGCUGUGAAUGUGUCGGCAGUUAUUGUAUUAAUUAUGGGAUCAAUGAGUCGAAGUGUCUUCAGUGUCCACUCUCUCCCGAGAAUAGUGUGAACCAAGAGGUCGAUGAACACGACCCCAACGCCGCCACCGAUGAGCGCAUCUCUGACUAUGACAUCGACGACAACCGGAACAACGAGGACGAGAACGGAUCCCAUAAUACGCUGACUUCCAGUGAAAAGAGCGAUAAGACUGACAAACAAACGAAUAAAAAAUCAAAUGAUAAUCAAAACGAUAAGAAAGAA